CGCCGCUCCGCGUUUCGGUCGCGCUCGCCCUUCUCCGGCACUUUGCGGCGUCGAUUAUUAACAUAGUCGACUUGAAAGGUAUUGCCAGUGCCCACGAGCGACGGUGUCCUAUUCUCUUCAAGUAAAGGUGACAAGGCUACUUCUCAACAGUAACACCCAAGGCCAAGGUGCCGAGCUGUGGCCUCUGGAGAGCUCAGACGUGUGAUUGAUUAGCUAGCGCGGUGGUCCUUCACUGUUUCGUCCGUUAAAAGACUGCAAUAGCCCUGGAUUUCGGAUAAAUUUUUCCUAACCUCAGAUGAACAUUAGUUUUAUAUUUGUCCUCCCAACCGCAGCGGGCCGACAGUAUGGCAGCCCAGACUUCACUUGUUUGGAUGCUAAUCAUAAGCUUAGGCUUGAUUAACGACUCAUUUAGUCAGCAUAAGACAAUCAUUCUCAAUGAAGUUUCCUACAGUAGUGAACUCAAGUCAGCGGAAAACAACAUUGGAUUCUAUGCAUUCUACGGUAUUCCAUACGCCCGCCAGCCUGUAGGACGUUUCCGUUUCACGAGGCCAGCACCAAUCGAAGAGCUAUUUUCAUGGAACUUAAGCAUCGAUGAAAUCAAAAAGUACUACCAUACACCUAGGACUAUGCCGAAGGCAUGCGCACAAAUUGAUCCUUUUACGAACAUGACGGACCUAACAACUAGUUCUGAAGAUUGUCUGCGUGUAGAUCUCUACAUUACGAACAAGACUUUCGGUGAUGGCAACGCUGCAAUGGCAAUUCUGAUUGAAGGGUUCGACUUCAAGCAGAGUGUGGCUCACAAAAUACAACCGGAACGCAGUUUUCUGGUAGAAGAUUCGGGUAUCGGUAUACUGGCUGUCGUACACUCCCGCCUUGGAGCUCUAGGCUACCUCACAACUGAGGACGAUGAAGGACCGGCCAAUCUGGGCCUCUGGGAUCAACAUAUGGCCUUACAGUUCCUUAAAAACUCAGCAAGCACAUUAAAGGCUGACGCGAAUCGCAUCAUUGUAUUGGGCUUUGGUUCGGGAGGAAUUUCAGCUUCCAUUCAUAUUAUCAACGGCCUCAAUAGCUUCAUUAAGACAGCUGUUAUCUCUGGAGGAAGCGCUCUUGGUCCAGAUGCAAAUGUACACUUCGCGAAGAAACGCGCCGCUGAUUUCGGAUACGAAGUAGGCUGUACAUCAUCCAGCAGCAGGAAAUUUAUAGAAUGUCUACGGAAUCUGAAAGUAGAGACCCUCUUGGAAAAAGGUGCCCAUCCUCGAUUUAUCUUUGGACCUGUGGCUGACAAAAAUCAUACGGACGAUAAUCAGAAAUCGUAUCUCAGCGACUGGCCCGAAAAACUUGCUCGGACGGCGACCUUUGACAACAUCAGUGCAAUUGUGUAUGGCUAUGCGGAAGAUGCUGGCAGUUUUCGCUAUAGUUCCUUCUCGUCAGGACCUUACGAUAGUGCCUUUGAGCCAACGGUUUCCAGUAUAAUGAAUACCAAUGCGACCGUUGAGGGAACCUCCAGUACUUUACUUCGAUCACAGGAAAAUAUAUUGCUCAACAAGCGUAUCGAAAUGUACCUUGCGCCGUAUCAGGAAUAUGUUGACACUCUGAAAACAGUCACUACUUCAGUUCAGUUAAUGUAUUUCCGAAACUACACGGACCAUCAGGUGUCGGAAAAUCAAACGUCAUUUGCAGACAUAAUGUGUUCAGUGCUUACGGAUUACCUGAGCUUCACACCAGUCGUCAGUCUGGCUCAUCUUCACGCUGAAGCCAAAAUUAGACGGUGGCAUUCUGGUAAUGAGUCGAGUACUGGCGUAAGCAUCUACGUACGAAGUAAUAAUCCUCAGCUACCGUCAUUCAGGCAAAAUCUACAACUUUUUAGUGGACAAAGUUUAAGAAACCAACAAUCCGCGAUCUAUAUGGACGACCUACUUCAAUUGGUGGGUGUCGAAGGAACCGCAAAAGCACAAAAUAAAGAUCAGAAAAUACGCAGAAAAUGGGCUGUAUACCUGCAAAGCUUGUCGACUUCCACUCGCUCACCGUUCUUUCUAACCGAAUAUAAUCCGAAGCUAUCUACCUUCGCUUUUAUUACUAAGAUAUCAAAUGACAAUUUUGAGGAAAAAAGUCCGUAUCAGGAGUCACAACGUAUAUUCUGGUCGGAUUACAUCCCGAGACUGCAGGAUAAUUUGGACGCGAUGAGCGCAAAGCUACACGAACGACGUGACGCAGCAGUGGCGUCUGCGAGAAACACUUGGGGUGUGACCGCAGGUUUAGUUCUGGCAAGCCUCAUGAUGGUUGUCCUCGGCGUCCUCUUCUGGAAGCAAAAAUCUAAAAACUCAAAAUCAGGAACCGCCCGCGUUUCUCUUAAACCAGCACUACCGACCGACUCUUCUAGCUGAGUCUAAGAUAAUAUCAAUUGCAAAUUUCGCGCGCGCAGAACCUACCUUUGAAGACACACAAGAUUUUUAAAUUUAACGGACAUAUUUAUGCAGCCAUUUGCUGCGGAAAAGACAUUCGAUCUUUAUAUAGGUCAUUGAUAUUUACUCAGACAUUUAUAAUUACGGCUCACUACAGCUCCACAAGUGUGGGCAAUUGCCACGACGUCACGUGGGGCGCUACCAACUAAUUAUAUUUACUUUAGCUGUAUAAACACCUACUAGAUGUUAUAUAUAUAUAAAAAAAAAAAAAAAAAA